UGUUUAACAUAUCAGCUUCUGCAAUAAAGGGGUGAGUCCUCAGUCCUCUGUAAGAAGAAUAUGAUAUUCCGAUUCUGAUUCUGAUUCUGAUUGCCGUGAUAAGCUUAUGGUGUCCGCUUACUUGUGGUUAUAACACUCUUUUGGAUUGAGUUCUAAUUCUUCUGGUAUUCCACUGCUGAGUUUUUUUUACCAUCUGAGUGGAAUUUUCCAAGUUGGGUAGAGAUGUAUGAGGUGGAAAGCAAAGGAGGUGCUAUAGCAUGCAUGCUCAUUGCCUUGUCCUUCCUAGGCACUUGGCCUGCUGUCCUGACUAUGUUAGAAAGACGAGGCCGGCUUCCCCAGCAUACUUAUCUGGACUACUCCAUUACCAAUUUUUUGGUUGCUGUCCUCAUUGCCUUCACAUUUGGUCAGAUAGGCAGCGGCACACCUGAGAAGCCUAAUUUCUUAACUCAACUUUCACAGGAUAAUUUUCCGAGUGUUCUAUUCGCAAUGGCGGGAGGGAUAGUCCUCAGCCUUGGAAAUCUGGCCACACAGUAUGCUUGGGCUUUAGUUGGUCUGUCAGUGACGGAAGUGAUCACUUCAAGCAUCACAGUUGUUAUAGGCACAACAUUGAAUUACUUCUUAGAUGACAGAAUUAAUAGAGCAGAAGUUCUUUUCCCUGGUGUUGCUUGCUUCUUGAUUGCGGUUUGUCUUGGCUCUGCUGUUCAUGCAUCCAAUGCAGCUGAUAACAAAGUAAAACUUGACAGUUUGCCGAGUGAUAAAAAAGAUGGAGAAAAGGCUUCUAGUGUGAAUCCAAUUGAGAAUUUGUCAAAGGAUAUGGAAAAUGGAAAUGGUUCGGCUGAGAAGACGAAGGUUGGGACUGCAGAAUUUCUUGUACAGCUAGAAAACAGAAGAUCAAUUAAGGUUUUUGGGAAGAAAACUUAUAUUGGACUGGUCAUAACUUUCUUUGCCGGGUUUUGCUUCUCCCUCUUCGUACCAGCAUUCAACGUGGCCACAAAUGAUCAAUGGAACACUUUGAAGAAAGGAGUUCCUCAUUUGGUUGUCUAUACCGCAUUCUUCUACUUCUCAGCAUCUUGUUUCGUCAUUGCUAUCAUUUUAAAUAUCAUCUUCCUCUACCGCCCUAUACUCGGCUUACCUAAAACAACAUUCAAAGCUUAUUUGAAUGACUGGAAUGGUAGGGGUUGGGCCCUUUUGGCCGGUGUCCUAUGUGGUUUCGGCAACGGUCUCCAAUUCAUGGGAGGUCAAGCUGCAGGAUAUGCAGCAGCUGAUUCUGUUCAGGCGCUUCCGCUAGUGAGCACUUUUUGGGCAAUACUUCUGUUUGGAGAGUACCGAAAAUCAUCACGAAGAACAUAUGUGUUGCUUAUCAGCAUGUUGUUUAUGUUUAUUGCAGCUGUUGCAAUCCUUAUGGCAUCAUCAGGGCAUCGAAAAUGAGUAUUCCAACUCUAAAUCGUGUCAAGAGCAGAAAAAUACUGCAGUUGGUUGGUAAAACAUGUAGUUUGUUACAAGAUACAAAAAAUAUGGCAGUUACAGAAAGAUG